UGGAAAACAAAUGGUUCUCAACUUGCCAUCUCAUCAUUUUCCUUAAUUAUUUUUCUUCUUUCAAAAUUUUUCCCUCCUCAUAAACUUUAAUAUAUUCCUCAAUUUACACACAAAAAUAUCCCAAAUCCAUUAUUUCUUCAUCCUUUUUAUUGUUUAUCUUUGAUCCAUUAUUGAGUCAGUUCUUGAUUUUUUUUUUUUUUUUUUUUUUGGAAGCUGUAAAGAUGGCUCAAUUGUUGUCACCUGUUUGCACAGAUUCACUAAAAUUACAAAACCCAAUUCAGUGUUUCUCUUCAAGAAGUAAAGGGCAAUUUUUGGCUAAUAAUUAUAGUAAGUUGAACUAUAGUUCAAUGGGUUAUUCUGGAAGGAAGAAAGGAUUAGGGAGAAUUAAAGUUGCUUAUCAAGAUUCUGCAGCAUCUGAGGAAAUUGCUGAUGAUUAUUAUGCUGUUUUGGGUUUGCUUCCUGAUGCUACAUCUGCUCAAAUAAAGAAGGCAUACUAUAAUUGUAUGAAAUCUUGCCAUCCAGACUUGAGUGGUGAUGAUCCCGAGACCACAAAUUUUUGCAUGUUUAUCAAUGAGGUCUAUGAGAUUCUUAGUGAUCCUGUGCAAAGGAGAGUUUAUGAUGAGAUCCAUGGGUAUACUGCCACAGCAAUCAACCCUUUCCUGAGUGAUUCAUCGCCGAAAGAUCAUGUAUUUGUUGACGAGUUUAGCUGCAUAGGCUGCAAAAAUUGUGCUAAUGUUUGCCCUAAAGUGUUUGGCAUUGAGGAAGACUAUGGAAGAGCUAGAGUUUAUGAUCAAUGUGGACACCCUGAUUUUAUUCAACAAGCUAUAGAUAGCUGCCCAGUUGAUUGUAUACAUUGGACUUCCGCUGCACAGCUAUCAUUGCUCGAGGAUGAAAUGCGAAGAGUAGAAAGAGUAAAUGUCGCCUUCAUGCUUUCAGGAAUGGGCGGUGGAGCCGUUGAUGUUUUCAGAAUGGCGAGCACACGGUGGGAAAAACGACAAUCUAAAGUAUUGGAACAAGCUAAGAUCAGAAUGAUGAAGAAGAAAGAUUCUGAGAAAACUGAAUCAUACUGGGAUAACCUAUGGGGCAAUGCUAAAGACUACGAAAAUACAGAGGAGGAAGUGGAAGAAAGAUCAAAAAGAAACGCGCUUUCUCAAGAUGGAGAGAUUCCAGCUUACCGAGGACAUGACCUUAGAUAG